AUGCUACGCAAGACCUGCUCCAGAAGUGUGGUUAAAUCAGACAUAAGUUUGGUCGUUUAGAGAAGUCUUAAAAUGAGUAAGCCAGCGAAAAUAUGUUAACUUUCGAUGUUAGCAGACGACGACACUGUCCCUCGCACCCACAGCCCAUCAAUGUGAAUUUAAGAACUGAACUUUAAUGUUCCAUCCUGUACAGUUCGUCAUUUGAAAUGCAAUUGUUGAAUGUAUUGAAGUUCUGCUCCGUCACGUGCGAAUCGACCUUCAACACUUUGAUGAAAUUCUCGCGGUCGUGUGUGAACCACUCUGCAAAUAACAUGUCAUUUGUCAACUACAAGGGGUCUUUGCACUGUUCCAAGGACGAGCAAUUGUUUGAAUGUACAAACAAAUAUUAUCGGCGACGUAUGCUAAUUGUUUAUAGUUUACAAAUACAGUAAACAGUUGCUUGGUCUGUUGUGAUGGUGAUAAGAUGCUUCGCUAAUUCUUAUCGCAAGAAAGGAGCAUAUGUUCAAUUCGAACAAAUGCAGUUAUUGGAGCCGUAUUUGUUAGUGACUUUGGUGACUAAUUUCCCUUUGCUGGUGGUGGGAAAGUACCGCAGAUGCCACAGAUCAGUAGGAUGGAUACGAUAAAGAGGUUAAAACUGCAGAACCUGAGAGAUGAAAUUGUUCAAGAUCUUGACGUUGACGACAUUGUGGACGGCCUUCUUUCAUCUGGCGUUAUAACUGAAGAGGAACGGGAAAGUAUAUUUUCUGAAAAAACACGAAAAGCCAGAGUACGUCACUUGCUCGAUUUGCUACCGAGUAAAGGCUCAUGUGCAUUUGAUAAUUUUGUGAGAAAUCUGAAGAAUGAGUACCAGUGGCUUUAUUCAAAGUUAAUAGAGGACACUGAUCCAAGUCAAGAUGAAGAAAAAUUUCUAGAUGCCUUACUGUUAGGUGGAAUACCUCGCACCCCACCACACAACGUAGAAAGACAGGAGACUCUUCUGGAGCUACGUGCGAGUUUAAAGUCUUUAACUCGAGGCAAUUAUAUUGUGUUGCAUGGAAUGACUGGUAGUGGGAAGUCCUGCUUAGCUGCAGCUGCUGUGGAGUAUCUUCCACUGGUUACUAAAUCUUUCAAGAACUGCGUUUUCUGGCUGAGUGUGGGUGAUUCUGGAAGUAAUGUCUUGUCUCAUGUGAAUCACCUUUUGUGCAAGUUGCAAGCUACAGGGAGAGUGUUUCCUGAUGAAUUUCAGAGGCAGGAACUUAUGAAUCUGACUUGGUUCCGAGAAACACUUACACGAUACUACACAGAUAAAGAUUUAAGAGAAGGUCUUCUUAUAUUAGAUGAUGUUGCCUCAAGUGAUGUCAUUGAUGCAUUUGACAUUGGCUGUAAAAUACUUGUUACAACGAAGGAUCUUGAAGUGAUGAGAAAAGUGCGAGGAAGGAUAAGCAAAACUAUUAAACUGAAUGAUGGUUUCAAAGAAAUAGAGACAUUGUCGUUGUUUGCUAAGUGUAUAAAUCAAACAAUUGAAGAUCUACCCCAUGAAGCAAGACAAAUACAUCGUCUUUGCAAAGGCAUUCCCAUGUUGGUGGCUCUUAUUGGUGCCAAUCUAGAAGAGCACAGUGAAGAUGCGCGUUCUAACAAAGGAAGAUGGAAUAACUUCAUAACAAUGCUUAAAUCAAAACACUACAGCUCCCCAGGACGCAGUACAUUUUACCAAGAUGAACUGUUAAGUGCAGUUGGGAUGUCUGUGGGAAAUCUACCAGAAUAUCAGAAGGAAAGAUUCCAGGAUUUUGCACUAUUUAAAGAAGAUGUGAAUAUCAAACCUGAGGUGCUUCAAGUUCUUUGGUCCCUUAACAAAUAUGAAGUAGAAGAUAUUAUGUCAUAUUUUGUUAAGAAAUCUCUAGCUGUCUCAAAAUGGAAUGAAGAACUCAAUAGUUCUGUGUAUGGAAUUCAUGAUAUUAUCUUGGACUACUUAAAAUUUGGCCUAACAAAGGAAAAGAAAAAGGAACUACAUAGAAAAUUGCUGGAAGCAUACAGUAAAAUCUGUGAUGGUGAUUUUUCAAAAUUACCAAAUGAUAAUUAUAUAUAUACCUACAUUGGUUACCAUAUUGAUGAGGCUGAAAUGUGGGAUUUAUACUCCAACCUUUAUAUCAGUUUACCUUUUGUCCAAGCAAAGUUGAAAGUCACUGGACCAGGUGACCUGCUUCUGGACUACAGAAAAUAUAGGAUUAACAUAGAUAAAGAGCAAGAGGAUUUGAAAGCAGUUGUUGAUGACUUUGAAAGAUUUGUGCACUCCCAUGGUUUGGAUUUGUACAAGUAUCAAGAUCUUGAUGCUGUUCAGUGUGCGCUUAAAGAACCUAGACAGAGUUUUGUUUUUAAUGAGGCUUAUAAAAUUGCCAAGGAAUGUAAUACAAGGCUUUACCUUGAACAUAUCCUUAACCAAGAUUUCUCUUCAGACACACAAAGUCUUCCAGUAGAAGGAGAAGCUGUAACUGCCUGUUUUACACAUAGUGAAAAUAAGAUUAUUGUUGGUUGUUAUGAUGGAUCUAUAAAUCUAUUGGCAGUCGACUAUAAACAUAUACUUCACUCAUUUCAAGGCCAUAAGAAGCAGAUAACAUGCCUACAAUGCCACUCAAGUAAUAAAAUAUUCCUGUCAUCUUCAGAAGAUGGUACAGUAAAAUUGUGGAGUUUGGAGGAUAUCAUUGACAAGAAAACAGAGAAACAGAAAUCGGGUGACAGUGGUACUGUCAGAACACCAUCUCCUCGUCUUCGUCAAACUAGUUGGAGUAAUAUGUUUUCUGAAAGUGGGUCGGAUGACAAAAGUAUUUUCACAUUCAGUAAACACAAAGGUGCUGUCUCUUGUGCUUCUUUUGCACACAAAAAGAAUGAAGUGGUGUCAUGUUCUGUUGAUGGAUGUGUGAAGGUGUGGGAUAGUGAAACAGGGGCAGAGAAGUUGCACAUAGAUGUUCCCAAUAAUAGCAAACCUAAUAGCUGCACUUUCUCUAAUGAUGAUACUCUGUUGUAUUUUGGUGGGGAUGAUUCACACCUUUAUGUAUAUAGUGCAGAAUUUGGUACAUUCCUUUCAGGAUUGGGAAAUGAUGUACCAAUAGUGACAAUUUUAGGUAUCCCAGAUUCUGAGUAUGAGGUAAUUGUUGUAACUGAAGAUUCAAUAAUAUGUUGGAGUUGGGAAGGUGUUAACACUACACCUCCUGAAAAUGUCAUAACCAGUGAUGAGAUAACAGCUACAUUGUCACUUGAAGAUUUGGAAAAACAGGUUCUAGGAUGCUGUAAAGGCACAACAUUUGUAUGUGCCACAAUAACGGAAGACAGUGAGUUUGUCAUUACUGCAUCUUCAAACCAUAGUGUCUGCAUUUGGGACAUAAAUCCAAACGCAUCAUAUAUUGUGAAAGAAUACCAUGACCAAAGUGGGGAUAUAUACUGCCUGAGCUCUAUCAGUGUAGAUAGCAGUAUACACAGAUUUCUGUCAUGCACCAAUAAAAAUGUCAGACUCUGGAAAUUUGAUCCUUCUGCUUCUGGGAAUAAUGUCACUCUUCUAAGCACAUUCGAUGCAUUAUGGCAAAGUGACGACCUUAAUUUUAUACUGCCUUUAUUUGCUGUUGCAGACAACACCAACAAAGUACAGGUUCUUCGAGGCAAAGAAUUGGUUUGUGAGUCAUCAAAGGAAGAGACCCAAAUCACAUGCUGCAAAUUUGUUACAACAAACUGUGUUGCAUAUGGAUGUGCAGAUGGUAUGGUAAAACUUUUUGAAGUAGAACCCAACAAAGUUUUGCACAUUAUGAAACUUAAUAAACCAGUGGUAUAUUUGGAUGUCUUUAAUUCUGUAAAAGAAAUAACAAUAACCGCAGGUGAUCAGACUGAGCUGAAGAUGUGGCAUUUAUCUGGUGAAGUACUUCCUUGUUAUGGGAUCAAAGAUCUGGUUGUGAAAUGUUUUUUGUUGUCUGAUACAAGAAAAAUGUUAUCAUGCUCUAAGGAUGGAAGUGUAAAGGUUUCAAGAAUUGAUACUGGGGAAUUGGAAGAAGUGAUAGUUGGCCAAAUACGAGAUGCUACAAUCACUGGUGCUGAUUUCUGCCCUCACCAAGAGAUACUGGCUAUGGCUGACAAAAACAAUUGCUUUCAUAUCAUUUGGCUUACUAAUUCUGAAAGGGAACUCUAUUCUGAAACAAAAAGAGUAUCCAGCCCUCCACAUUGCUGUUGUUUCUCACCAUGUGGUCAGUUGAUAGCGCUUGGGCAAGAAAAUGGCAGCAUUUAUAUUUGGAAUGUUACCAAAAAUUCUGUUCACUGUGAACUUAGUCAUCACCGUAGCCGAGUUAAGGAUAUUACAUUUGCACCAGGGGUUCCUGAUGGUGCCCUCCUUGUCAGUGUUGCGGAAACUGUGGCAUGGUGGAGUGCAGCACAGGCACACAAGUGCCGUCCCAACCGAGGUCGUCGCAGGCAGAGCCAACCUCCUUUUAACUUAUCGCCUCUCCCUGUGGAACCAACUCUUGCAGACGUUUGGAUGACCAAAAUUCCUCACACAGGAAAUUGCUAUCUUCUGGUUGUUUGAAACUUGCAGGUGCUGAUGCUGGACAGAUUGUUUGUUCUCCUGACUUCUCACAAUUUGCUACUGUGGAUUCUGCGGGCUUCAUUUAUUUACUUGGUGUGAUAAACUAGAGGCCAAAAAAUAUGUGUCAUAUAUUUUCCUGUUAGUGAUGUAUUGUUGUGAUGUAAAAUUGUACAGUUCCUUUUUCUUUCCCACUCUUCUGUGCUUUCACAGUAUGAAGAGGCACUCAGGGAAAGUCAUUUCUUUUCUGGUCUCUCGUUUUAGUGUCCAUCUUCCUUUUAAAUUGUAACUCAAUCAUGGGACUGAAUAGUCUGAUUGUGAGAUGAUCCUUUCCUAAUUUGAUGGCAAGAAUAGGCAGUUAAUGUGUCUGUUAGUAAACAAAGAAAAUUUUUAUAAUGUUAUUUUAUAGUGUUAUUUCAUAUUGUAUAUUAUAAUUGUUUAGUAAAUUUUUAUAAGCUUAUUUUAUAGUGUUGUUUCAUGGUAUGUAUUAUAAUUGGAUAAUACAUGUUCAGAUGCUCAGAAUGUGUGUGUGUGUGUGUGUGUGUGUGUGUGAGAGAGAGAGAGAGAGAGAGAGAGAGAGAGAGAGAGAGAGAGAGACAGAGAGAGAGAGAGAGUAAAAAGGAAGAUUGUGUCAUUUGCUUCUCCCAACCAUUAGAGGCAUUUCACUUUUAUUGACAUUUCAUAAUGACCAGAGUUGAACUCGGUGUUUUAAACAUGCAUCUCAAUGGUGUGAUGAUGUGACAAUAACUCUUUUCUGUCACUAAUUAUGGUGUUCAGUAUUCAGAUGUAGUUUUUCAGUUAAACAUCAAUACCUGUUAUGCAUUUAUUACAUAUGUCAUUAAGAGCUGGGUCUGAGUGCAAUGAUUUGAUUUUGCUAAGGUUCAGUUUUAAGCAUAGGAAGUUGUACUUUUACUACCCUAUUGCCUAUUGGGCUGCAUAAGGGAACUGCUGGUGAAAGUGAAGCUGUAAUCCAUAAUUUUGUAAUUCAUUUGGUGCUAUUUCAUUUUUGUAUUAUUAUUAUUAUUAUUAUUAUUAUUAUUAUUACUACUGCUAUUAUAUUUCGUCUUCAAAUAAUGGAGUUUUGAAAAAACAGUUACAUGAGUGGAAAACACACACACACACACACACACACACACACACACACAACCACCACCACCACCACUGUAUUGUAUUUCAUAAUUUAACUUCAGACUGUGAUAUUGGUUUGCACGUGUUACCCUUUUGAUUUUUUAUAGUUUGGUACGUGAAUGAAUUGCUUUAGUUUUUAACUAAUGUUUUUCUUGGAGAAUAUUAGUUAAAAGUCAACUGUAUUGCUCAAUCUUUUCACACAGAUUAUAUUUAUGAAUGGUAUGUGACAUUACAAUACUGAGUACAGUAUAAAUCCGAAAAUGGGGAUACUAUCAUGCAUAGAUUAAUUGUACUGAUUUAUGUUUAGGAAGAAAUUACUUUGUUGUGGGAUUUAUAUGUUGUUUGUUUCAAAUUUUUUUAUGUUUUUGAUUUUUCAUUAAAUAUACUUAACAGGAAUGCAUAUGUCUACAGCAAGGAACACACAUUUUUGUCUCUAAAACUGAAACAUUGUUCUGAAAGUUUCUGAACUGAUCCCUCAGUCCAACUAAAAUGCAACUACUCAGUUCUGUUGCAUCAGACAUUUCUAGCACUGUGUUGAUGUUGAAGUAUGAUUGUUACUAAUUAUACGAGCACAUACUUAAGAGGCAUCAGAAUUGAAACUGUGAAGUCAUGUCAUUAGUAAAAUAUAAUAAUAAAAAAUAGCAUCAACAAACUUUGAGCUCAGUGGUGACUGAUGCCUAAAAAUGAAUGGGGGCUCAUUACUUUUACUGCAUUAUGCAGUUUAAUUUUCUAAAUUACUUAGAAUAUUUCUGUAGCUAUAAAGUUAUCUUAAAAUGGACCUGACUACAUUCAUGGGGCUGAAUCUCUUGUAGAGGUAUAUUUAUGUAGAAAGUCCAUCCUCCAUUCCCCUUUUUUUUUUUGCAUCUGUCGAUGACUCUCUUAUUGAAAUCUGGAAGCCUGUGGAUCAUUUCCUCUUCAAUAGAUAGCAUGGAAAGAGCAGGCGGCUUAGUGAAGUAUUGAAAAACAGUUUUACUUGUUUAUUUUGACUUGUAGCUUGGGCAAGGCUUAGUUCAAUUGGUGUGCAUAACAAUGCACAUCAUACGCAAAAUGAUACUCUUCUCUUACAAUUGUUUGGAUACUUGUAUGUUGACUGCACAUGAAUCAGGCACCAGCACAAAUUUGAGGUUUACUUUUUCUUCCUGUUCUUGGGCAGCAUCAGCCUGGACAUUUUUAAUACGAUCUGCUAAGAAGGAAUCUUUAUUGUAAGAGAGAUUUAAUAAUAUCCAAAACUGUUCAAGAGGCUGUCCAGAAGAUAAUAGGUAUUAAAAUACUGCAACCAACUGAAAUUUAGGAGAUACAUCCGAAAUUUCAUCUACUAUUACAGACAAAAAGUCUGUUGUAGCUGUUUCUGCAUUAAUUUUUUCAUGACAGUCAUGUAACAUACACCCUAGUAAAUCAUUUUGUAUAUCCAUGAAUGUACACUUAAAAACUGUAUCAUUGCUCAUGUGCUGUUUUGUAACAGCAUCUAAAGCUGAUGGGAAAUUUUUUAGCCCUCUGAAUAUUCCACGAUCAUUAAAUUCUGAUGUUUCAUCAUGCCCAUGUAAGACAAGUUCAAACUCACCACAGAAUGUAAUACAAUCUGUUAUUUUGGAAAGAUCGCAGUGAUUCUUCCUUAUGUUGUCACUGUGUCUUUCUAUAUCCUGUCUGAAAGUUGAGGUAAGCUGUUCUUAAUUUCUAUUUUCCCAAGGACUGAUAUAUCUAAAUAGCGUUCUUACAUGCAAUAGAUUCCUUGUGCUUCUUAACAUUCUGUGUUAGAUGACUUAGAUAUGACAUGUGAGUGCAUGUCCAGCCUGUAUCUUUACCCUUAAUAAACAGCAACCAUGGAAAACAAAAUAGUUUAUUUUUAGAAAUGCAAACAUAAAUCCAACUAUACAUUUAAAGACCUGUGAAAUAUCUUCCUGUGACUUGUUUGCCCUUGUUUUAAUUUGGGCUGAAGCAUUGGCCUACCAAGUUUCUUUUUUUUUCACACUUCUCUUACAGGCUUAAAGCUGAGAAAUAUGUUUCUAAAAGAUACUGAACACUGUUCUUUCUUCUUUGAAAACAAACUCCUAGAACAGAUGAAUCUGCAUGGAACACUAAAGCACAAUAAAUAACACCAUUACAGUUGAAGGCACACAUGCAAACUGCUCCAGUUGUGGGCUGCAGCCAUUCAGUUCAGGUCAAUUCAUGUGUUUCUACCAGAAUCCAACUUGCAUUUGAGUUGGUUCUUCCACCAGUGCAAAUGCACAUACUUCUAGCAACAUUUCCUCUUGCCCCGCCUUGCCAAAGGAACCCCCUUAAGCUGACUCACAGAGGUUCAGAAGAGAAAUUGAACUUCAUCAGUGCCUGGGCAACACUGAGGCACAUGUGUGUGCUAUCUGAACAACUUAAAAGUUUUUCAGAGAAAAAGUGAUCUAAUAAAUAGGUACAUUUAUAACUUUCACAAUCAACUUCUUUCUGGUGGUUCACUGAAGCACUGAAAACAUAGGAUGUGCCAUCGCUGCUUGAGCUGUUAAAACAUGUGACUGCUGCUUCAGGAACUGAAGCUUAUGCAGCUUAUGUGAAGAAGUUUAGCAAAGGAGUUCACAUUUCAAAAGGAUGAAAAUCCACUCAAAACUACAUGUCAGAAGAGAUGACAAGAUACACACCAGGAAUCAGAAAUAACAAUGGAGUGUAACAGCAGGUGUAAUAGACAGCCAACCAAUUGCAAUAAAUGGUGGUUUUCAAUUAACCUUUACCACAGUUCCAACAGAUUUAAACUCAUCUUCCUCAGAAGGACAAUAAACCUGCAUACAAUGCAAUAAUAUAACUUACAAUCAAAACAUUGUGGACCAAUAUAACAUGUCAAACAGAAACUGCUACCUACAACAUGUGGAGGCAUGUCACAAGCAACAUGUACAUCCAUAUGUAAAAGUUAAGGCCCCUAGAAUCAAGGGCUUGUCACAUCAGUAAACCAAAUCUCAUAAAAUACGAGGCCGUGUUAAGAGAGAAAUGCUGACUAAGGGAGAGUGGAGAGCAUGAAUACCAAGAAAAUAAAUCUGAGGCGCAUGUGCUGAUAAACAUGUGCACUUGGCAGCAUAAUAUUGGUCCAUGGUGUUUUGAUUUAAGUUAUGUUAUCACAUUGUAUGCAGGUUUCUUGUCCUUCUGAGGAAGAUGAGUUUAAAUCUGUUGAAAGUGUGGUAAAGGUCAAUUGAAAACUACCAUUUAUUUUAACUGGUUGGGUGUCUAUUACACCUGCUGUUCUGUAACCAUCGCUGUUGUGCAGCCAUGUUCAAAAUAAUGGAGUGUAACACCCAGGGUUCAAAUUCCAUACCAACAGUUACAUCAGUUUUUAUACCUCCUGUAUUAUAUUAAUAUGCAGAGCUAUACAGUAGAAAAAUAGGUUGUGAUUACAAGAAGAAAGCAUUUUAUAAGGAAGAAAGCUGAAGUCCUUUAGGAGAAUCAAGGAAGGCAUGGAUGAGAAGUGAAAGAGUCAAGGUAGUGGGAAAAUAAUAAGAUAACUUUUAUGGGUGUUUUCUGUGUGGCUGGAGUCUUUUCUUCCCCUCCAUGGAGAGCUGGUUCAGCUUCAUGAAUCUCACUCCUGAUGAUCUCAAUGACCCUCCCAUUGUGGCUGUAAUAGUUAAGUGAGGCAGACUGAUUCCAAUCUACUUAAAAUGACUACAUGAAUCUAGCUAGCUGUUUUCACAGUGUUGAUGUAUAUAGGCCAGAGAAACAAUCCUGUGCCCAACCACUGACAGUAAUUGGAGCAUCUAGAGCAACGCUACCAGCAACAUAUUUAGGCUUCAGAUAGAUUUCAGACUUGUGAAAAGUUACAUUCUUUUAUUGGGCUCCAAUGGCAAAACAAAAGGAAACCUGUGUUGAGUUUCUCAAUAACCUGCUCUGCUCAGUGUAGUCUCUGCAGUCUUUCUACAUAUUUCCCCUUAUCUCACAAUUCCUUCCAUCAGGAAACCUUUGGCAAUGGAAGUUCAUCUUUGUAAUACUUUUAAUGCAUAUAUUGCUGUCAGUUGUACCAAAACGUACUUCAGUUUCAAUAUUGGAUGAAAGAUUAUCUCAUUAUCUUGUGGCUGUGUUCUUUGAAUGGAUGUAAUGCAGAAUGCAAAACUAAAUACAACUUUUCAUCACUUUCUUCGUAUGAGGUACCACAGCUGUGAAUUUAUUAAAGAGUUUAAAUAAAUAUGAAUUAAUUUGAAGUAAAUAUGCAUGCAAAGAUAUACAUAUGGUAUAUUAUUGUAUUAAGAGCUUGUAACUUAAUGCUGAUAAUGUAAAGUGGACAUUCCAGGGUUCAAAUCAAUAUAUUAUAUUUCGUGAUAUUGCACUACAGUUUUUCAUGUUGUUAUUCAGGUGUAUAUUAUGUACCUUUUAGUGCAGUCAUGUUGUAGUGUACCCUCACAUUGUUAAUUUUUGUGAAUAUAGUUAAAUGCUCAUGUUAAUGGCUGGUAAAAUAACAGCCUUAGAAUAUAUUCAUUAAAGCUCAGACACAACCUGACAAAGGUGACAAAUCUUAAUGUGUUUUGAAUAUUUAUGUGUAAGCUGUAAAUUAAUUACCAGACUAAGUGUUCACUAAAAGCAGUAUUAAUGAGGCUUAGCAGUUGAAGAGAUCACAAUGCAAGAAGGGUUUUUAUGGAGAACUUUUAUACUUUUUUAUGAUUUUAUUUCUCUGUUAAUGAUAAUUCUUUUUAUGUUGUUCUUUGAUGGCCUCUUUAUGUAGUCAACAGUUUGUUUAAUUUUUUUACAUGUUUAUAAGACUGUAAAUGACUUUAAUGACUUUGAAGAUGACAAAGUGGAAUGUGAGAAUUUCAGGAAAUUAAUUCUAAGCCAAACUUUCAUAUGGUAUACUACCAUAUAUUGUAUAUGGUACAAUACUUGUGGAACAUUUUUAUGCUAAAUAUUAUGUGGAUUAUGGGGAACCUGGUCUCUCUUCUUUGCCCCAUAAGCCAAAGAUUACAAAUCUCUUGGUACUUUGCAACUUGGCACUAACCUAUCUUUGAAUUAAUGAUGAAUUGCAGAGCUGCGGCAUUGCAAGAAACUAUUUCCCAUGGAAGCCUAUGCCCAACUUAAUGACAUUGUCAGCUUCAUCCCAUUCACCUUAACAGUCGUGAAAGGGGUAAAUGUGGUCCAUUAUUUCCGUUGCUGUAUUGCAUUUCCCUAUUCAACAAACUGUAUUGUAAAAGAAGCUAUACACAACAGUCUAAAAGUCUUAAAUAUUCUCUUCAUUACUGAUCUGGGGUAGGAAAUUAACAUCCAAUUCGGUGUGAACCCAGUCUCUGGUUUUGAACAU